AUGAAGGCUCAAUUUAGUCGAUUAACAAACACAAUUAAAGGUGCAAUUUAUAGCCACAAGAAGGAGGAAAUGGCACAGCAAACCGAUGCGCUUGAUGAUGACCUCCACAGUCUAUCUAGCACCUUAUUUUUACCUGAUGAUAAGGACGAUGAUGGCCUAUCCGAUUCCUCCUGUUCCACCAUCUCCAACAGCUCGCAAGAGCAUUUACCGCAUUACAGCAGCUACUCUAAUUUAUACUACAAACUGCCUAACGGCAACUGGCUUGUGCAAUACAGAACCAGAGAAAAGGUCGUGAUUGAUACAUUUGAAAUAAAGGGCAAUUUGAUCUAG